CCGCCGACUGAGUUCUGGUGAUGGGAACCACCAACAGGCCUCAGGAGCUGGACCAAGCUGUUCUCAGGCGGUUUGCUAAACGCGUGUUUGUGGAUCUACCUGACCAACAGAUGAGUCCGGCCUCCGGGGGGUGCUGCAGGUGAAUGUCAGCAAGCCUCUGAAGCUCCUCCUCCCGGCCCUCCCUCCGCCCCGCCCCGCUCUCUGGCUGGCGCUCCGGAGCAUCAGCAGCGGGCAGCACAGCGACCUGCCGACUGGGAGGUGACGAUGGCGGCGUCUGCGGACAGAGCGGGAGUCCGGGGGGCAGCUCUGCCUCCGAGCCCGGCGGCAUCUGCUGCGGAGCCGCCGGCGGAUUCCGCCGCUGCGGCCGCAGAGCAGGUCGGAAGAGUCCCGGUACCGAUGAACCUGUUCGCCACCUGGGAGAUAGACCGGUCCUCCCCGAGUUGCGUGCCCAGACUGUGCAGUCUGACUCUGAAGAAGCUGAUGGUCCUCAGAGAGCUGGACAGACAGCUGAGCUCGGUGGUCAUCGCCGUGAAGAUUCAGGGCUCCAAAAGGACUCUGAGGUCCAACGAGUACGUUCUUCCUCCAGACGGCCUGAUGGAGACAGACCUGGAGCUCACCUUCUCCUUGCAGUACCCUCACUUCCUGAAGCGGGACUCCAACCGUCUCCACGUGAUGCUGCAGAGGAGGAAACGCUACAAGAACCGAACCAUCCUUGGCUACAAGACACUGGCGGUGGGCGUCAUCGACAUGGCCGAGGUGAUGCAGCAUCCGACAGAUGGCGCCCACAUCCUCAGUCUCCAUAGCAACCUGAAGGAUGCUUCUGUGCAUGCGGCGGAGCUCAGCAUUCAGAGUCUGUUCAGCCAACCAAUCGAACAUGAGGACACCGGUCACCAUGGCAACAAGAGCAAGGCCUCAGAUCGUUCUCCUGAUUUCAACGAGUGGGAGGAUGACGACGACAGUUUCUCUUCUGAACAAGACGCAAGUGAUGACGCCGUCCCUCCUCAGGACAUGUACGAUGAUGACGAUGAUGUUCAGGGAAAGACGAAGUCUCACAGGAAGAUGAUCCGGACGGCCUCCCUGACUCAGCAGCCGAACUUCAAGCAGAAGUUUGUGGCUCUGCUGAGGAGAUUCAAGGUGUCUGAUGAGGUCCUGGACUCGGACCCGGUGGGCCACAGUCAGGAGGCGGAGGAGGACCUGGACCUGCUGUACGACAGUCUCGAGGUUUACAGCCCGAGCGACAGCGGAGCCGAGCUGGACGACGACAGCGUCCAGAGCACGCCCAAACCCAAACUCAGGCCGUUCUUCGAGGGCGUCUCCCAGUCUGAGGUCACCAAUGUCCAGAAGAACCAGCAAAAGGAACCGACAGCUGCAGCUGCUGAGCUCCAGGGACCCCAAAGCCCCGAAGACGCCCAAGGAGAGGAGGCCGAUCCUGGGGAGGUUGAGGAGGAUGUUGCCAUGACAACAGAUGCAGGUCCUGCUGCCAAACUCUGUAAAACUGAGUCCCAGACACACAUGUCACCAAGUAAGACAGGAGGUUCUAAGUCUUGCCAUCCUUGGACCAUCUCCCUGAAGGACAGACAGAACUCCAGAGGGAUGGACAGAACCAGCAGCAUCGACAGCGAGACAUCAGCUGACUACAGAACACCUGGUCCACAGGUGGCCAGAAAGUCGGUCCUGGAUCAGCUGAACCACAUCCUGUUCUCUGAGGAACACAUUCCUGAAUCCAUCAUCCUGGUCAACACCACUAACUGGCAGGGACAGUACCUGUCGGAGCUCCUCUUUGAUCAGCCAAUCGUGUGCACCAUCUCUGUCGCCGACGUCCAGGCCGCCUUCAGCGCCAUCAUCAGCCGCAUCCAGAGAUUCUGUAACUGUAACUCUCAGACUCCGCCCACGGUGAAAGUGGCGGUGGGCGGCGACCAGACUUACCUGAGCACUGUCCUCUGCUGCUUCGUGGAGCAGCUGGCCAGCAAGACGCCUGAUUGGCUGAGCUACGUACGCAUCCUGAUCAUACCUGUUGGACUCCAUCCUCUGGCUAAGUACGUGUCUUCUCUGGACGGGAGGUUCUGCAGCCUGUUCAUGGACACCAGCUGGAGGGAGCUGUUUGGGCGUGUGGAGCCUCCUCCUCUGGAUCCUGUGGGCGUGGCCAGCCGGGUGUCUCAGUACCUGUCUGGAGCUGCCGUGUCUCACCUGUGUCCCAUCUCCGAGGCCAUGCUCACCUGCAAACACAAGAGCCCUGAUGAUGAUUCCUGCCAGAAGUUUGUUCCUUUCAUUGGGCUGGUGAAGGUCGGCAUCGUGGAGCAGAACUUCCUGUCCACCUCAGUGGACUCUGAUGACAUCAUCCUGGGAUCUCCUCCCUCCCAAUCAGGAGCUCCUAUCAGCAUCACCUCCACGCCUCCCCCCUCCCCCUCCAUCAGCUGUCCAGCGGAGGUGAUGGGGCUGCAGGUGGACUACUGGAGCAGUCAGGGAGGAGGAGGAAGCAGGAAGGAGGCGGCGAUGAAGAACACACUGAAGAGCAACUUCCGCUGCCUGCAGGUGUCGAGGCUCAGUGGAGGAGAACUGAGUAUGACGGUGGUGACCAAGGAGAAGAACAAGAAAGUCAUCUUCCUCAGCAAGAAGACUAAGGAGAAGGAGGCAGAGUCAAGGAGUCAGCAGAUCGAAGGAAUCAGCAGGUUGAUCUGUACCUCCAAACACCAACACACACUUAGAGUGUCGAUAGACGGCGUUGAGUGGAACGAUGUUAAGUUUUUCCAGCUUGCUGCUCAGUGGCCAACUCACGUCAAACACUUUCCUGUUGGGAUCUUCGGCUACAACAAACCCUGAACCUCAACCUGAACAUCCUCCUCACCUGGACCACUUCCCUGUUAGCUCCUCCUCCUCACCUGGACCACUUCCCUGUUAGCUCUUCCUCCUCCUCACGCUGGUAUACCUUCUAUCUUGUUGGAGCAGAAGUAUUUCUGGUCCUUUUUGUAUUCUGGAUAUUUCUGAGAUCCUGUAAAUCCUGUACAGAGCUUCUUGUCUGUUUCUCUAACGAGCUUAAUGCUGCUUUAUGUCUGUGAAAUAGUCAAGUUUGUUGGAUUUGAUGGUUCAUGAUUUAUCUUCAUUUUUAAAGUUAUGUGGAGCCA